AAAAAGCCAAUUGCAAAUUGCGGAGACAGACGAAGAAAUAGAUUACACUGAAAACGAUGAAUACUGUGUUCCCAGUUGACGAUUUCUCCGACCCCUUCUGGGCGACUCCGCCGUCGGAGGCUGCGGCUGGGAUGAGCCGAAGCCAAUCUGAGUGGGCUUUGGAGAAGUUUCUUGAAGAAUUUUCUGGCGCAGGCGUGGCGAAUCCAGGGUCGCGUGCGGGAGAGAAUGUGAUUGGUCCGUCCUUGGCGGCACCUCAGCCAUCCGUUUCGAAAGCUGAAGAAGGUGAUGGUGAUGGUGACGUGGUGGAGAUCAAAGGGCCUAACAAUCAGAAUCAUCAUCCUCCGCCGUCUGAUCCAACACCGGUCCCGAUUGAUUCGGAUGAGUACCACGCGAUCCUCAAGAACAAGCUCCAUCAAGCCUGCGCUGCUGUUGCUUUCUCUCGUGCGUCGGCUGUGAAGGCAGAAGAUUCGUCUGCCCAAGCUGAGGAUCAAGCGCUUCAAUCGGGAUCCCAAGUUCAAGGUUCCUCAAAGGCUCAGGGACAGGGUGAACCUGAUGUUGCACCUUCUGGAAUACAGGCUGUGUUAGCUACACAGAGAAAACCAGGGGUACAAGUGAGGCAAACCACAAGUGGGUCAUCAAGAGAAGAUUCAGAUGAUGAUGAACUUGAAGGAGAUACUGAAACCACCGAGAACAUGGAUCCGGCUGAUGCAAAACGUGCAAGGAGAAUGCGGUCAAAUCGAGAAUCUGCAAGACGCUCUAGAAGAAGAAAGCAAGCACAUAUGAAUGAUCUUGAAGCACAGGUUGGUCAACUAAGAGUUGAACAUUCCACAUUACUUAAGCGACUAACUGACAUGAAUCACAAGUAUGAUGAAGCUGCUGUUGACAAUAGAAUUCUUAAGGCUGAUAUCGAGACAUUAAGAGCAAAGGUGAAAAUGGCUGAAGAAACAGUUAAGCGGGUGACAGGGAUUAACCCUGUGCUUCUAUCUAGGCCCAAUGUACCUAGUGUAGGAAUGCCUUUUGUUAGCAGCCCAUUGGAAGCAUCUACAGCUGCUCCUGUACCAUUGCAGCCAAACACUAACCAGUUUUUUCAGCAACCAGUUCCAAGCAUUGCUGCUCCCAUGCAUCAUCAGGGAGUGGACAACAGUUUCCGGGGCAACACCCUGGUUCCUCCUAUUGUGAAUCCACAAACUGAGGUAGGAGUGAAUAAUGUCAAUGAAACAUCUGCUUUGCAGCAUACACCCAGCUUGGAGCGCGUUCAAGAUCAGAUAGCGCAUGGUGGCAUGCAAAAGCAGAUUGGCCCUGGUGUCAGUCCAUGCGGAACCAUGCCUGGCUGGGAGCCUGGACUAGCCCAUGCGGCUGCCAAGAACAAGAAGCAAAGUUGAAUUUUAGAGCCUCUCCUCUUGUUUCCGGAGUUGGUUUUGGAGAAGCUUAGCUGGUGGUACUACUAUUGGUUAAAUCUAUUCAUGGGUAUUGAUUCUCACUGCAUUCUUGUAUUUAAGAUCUUCAUCAACGUUGACCAUCAUAUCUGUCAUCAUAACAUGGCCGUACUUGUCAGUUCCUUGGGUAAACUUAUAUGGUAAAUAAUUCUGUAUGAAAUUCCAUUCAGGAGUAAAAUCUGCCGUUAUCAGCCUUUCAA